GCGGUGGGAGGGACGUCCGGGCCGAGGGGAUUUAAACGGAACCGGGAACAAACGUCGGAUUCAGGCAGAGACCGAGACGAGCAGAGAUGAGUCUGACGGAGAAGGACAAGGCUGCGGUGAAGGCGCUGUGGGCCAAAAUCGCCAAGGGGGCGGACGCCAUCGGGGCGGAAGCUCUGGCCAGGAUGCUGGCUGUGUACCCCCAAACCAAGACCUACUUCUCCCACUGGCCGGACCUGAGCGCCGGUUCCGGUCCCGUCACGAAGCACGGGAAGAAGAUUAUGGCCGGAGUCGGGCUGGCGGUGGCCAAGAUGGACGACCUGUCCGGCGGCCUGCUGGAGCUCAGCGAGCUGCACGCCUUCCAGCUCAGGGUGGACCCGGCCAACUUCAAGAUCCUGGCGCAGUGCCUGCAGGUGGUGAUCGCCACCAUGUUCCCCAACGACUUCACCCCGGAGGCUCACGUCGCCCUGGACAAGUUCCUGUCCAACGUGGCCCUGGCCCUGUCCGAGAAAUACCGCUGAGCCGCUGCAGCAUGACGCAGCAUGACGCAGCACGACGCAGCAUCAUGCAGCAUGACGCAGCACGACGCAGCAUCAUGCAGCAUGACGCAGCACGACGCAGCAUCAUGCAGCACGAUGAACAACCCGACAGAGCAAUAAACUGCUUGCCACCCAA